CUUCUUCAGUCUCUGUUCUUCCCCAAAAUAAAAAAAAAAACUUCCUUUACUCAAAAUCAAGAGAGAGAGCGACAGACAAAGAUGGGAUGUGUUUCUUCAAAACCAGUGAAGAAGAAACUUGUAAGAGAGAUCCGAGUCAACAACGGCGGCGACCACAUCGUGUCUCUCACUUCAACUACUUACGGCCAUCUCGAUGUCCAACAACGAGCAGAGACUUCUCCUAAAGGCGAUGACUUUGAAUCCGAAAGGAGAUCUAAUGCACAGAGAGAGGAUCCAGAGAUUAUCAACACGUGGGAGCUUAUGGAAGAUCUCGAAGAUUCGACGAAGGUUAGCCCCAAAUCUCGUGGGAUCUUCGGGAAAUCGUGGAAGACUCCGGUGAAAUCGAUUGCGGAGUCUCCUAAGAGGAGUGGUAGUAGUAAGAGAUUCAGGGGAAAAGAAAACAGAGGAGAGAAACAGAGUCCGAACCAGAAGAACAUUCUUGAGACUCCAAAGAGAGGCGUGAUGCGUUUGAGUUUCCCUCUCAAAUCAGAAGAGCCUUUAGCGGUUACUACGCAGAGGAGGAAGAGUUUUAGUCCAAUGUUCGAUCCAGACCUCGUGGCUUCUUACGAGAGGGAGUUGUCUCAGGAGAAAGAACAGAUCAAGAUGGUGAUCUCUCCUCCAGACCCUUUCCCGGAGAAAUGUCCGCCGGGAGGAGAGAACUCGGUGGUCGUCUACAUAACGACGCUUAGAGGGAUAAGGAAGACGUUCGAGGACUGCAACGCGGUGAGAUCGAUACUUGAUUCGCACGAGGUUCGGUACUCGGAGAGGGAUGUGUCGAUGCACUCUGUUUUCAAGGAGGAGAUUAGAGGGAUCAUGGGGACGAAGCAGGUGAAGAUACCGGCGGUUUUCGUGAGAGGGAGGAUGAUAGGGAGCGUUGAGGAGGUGGUGAGGUUGGAGGAGGAGGGUAAAUUGGGUAUUUUGCUUGAGUGUAUGCCUAAGGCGAGGGUAAGCGGUUGCUGCUGUGGGUGCGGUGGGAUGAGGUUUGUGAUGUGUGGGGUUUGUAAUGGAAGCUGUAAGGUUAUGGAUGCGGAGAAGAAGGAUAUGGUUAAGUGCUUGGAGUGUAAUGAGAAUGGCUUGGUUCUUUGUCCAAUGUGUUCGUAAUCUUUUCAGUUUUGUCCUAAUUUUCUUGUCAAAAUUGGGUGAGACUGUAAGAGGGUUCACUUAACUUUGGAGGCUAACUUUUUGCAUUUGAAUCUUGAUGGGUAGACUCUAAUGAUUUGUGAGAGAGUUUCUAAAGUUGGGUUUAUGUUUCUUGGUGUGUACUAGUUACUGAAUCUGUGGUUUAAUGUUUGUAAACGUUUUUAUAAUAAAGAUUCAAUUUAUUUUGUAUAACCAUUGUA